AUGGGUUCAUACAUAUCUCCAGGCUGGAGACAACUCGAUGUCGCUAUCAUUGGCGGUGGAGUCGGGGGCAUGUCAGCAGCUAUCGCCCUCCGCCGUGCAGGCCAUAGGGUAUCUAUCUACGAACGUGCUAGCUUUGCCAGUGAAGCUGGCGCCUCUCUCUCUUGUGCAGCAAAUGGUACGCGCUGGCUAAAGGAGUGGGAGGUCGAGUUGGAAAGAGGUGACGGCGUCGUCCUGCGCAAGCUUAUAAGCCGUGAUUGGACGACAGGCAAGGUACUAAGCUUGUACGAGCUAGACGACUAUGAAGAACGGUGGGGGUAUGUCUAUUAUAUGUUCCAGCGGCAGCGUAUGCACGAUAUGCUGAAGCAUUCGGCACUCGGGGAGGGCACGGGAGAGCCCGCAAAGCUCUGGGUUGAUCACAAGUUUGAGAACGGACGGAUAGUCAAGCAUGAUCUGAUCGUCGGCGCCGAUGGCAUUGGCUCCACCGUCCGGGGUAUUCUCGAGAUAUGGCCCAAAAGGCAGCCUGCCGACUCCAGCUGCUUGCAUGCCAAUGUUUCUACAGAAGACGCUGUGGCUGCAGGUCUCGUGGACUUUUCCAAGGACCAGGCACUGCAGUUUUGGGGAGGCCAGGGGGAGCUCUGGGAUAAGAUCGUCCUGUCUCCAUGCCAAGGCGGUAAACUCAUAUCUGAGCCAUAUCCUUACAUCACAAAAGACAUAGUCUGCUUGGUCGGUGACGCAGCUCACCCGAUGAUGCCGCAUCAAAGCCAAGCUGCUUGCAUGGCGAUCGAAGACGCAGCUGCAUUGGGCAUUCUUUUCAGCAAAAAGCAUUUCAACGGAGAUGUGGCCGAGUCCAUCGCGAUGUAUCAAGAUAUCCGUCUACCAAGAGCAACGAAGGUCCAAGCAGCUGCUGCGAGAGCUUCAGAGAAUAUCAAUGAAAGGAUUGGAUUUUCCAGUAACGUCAAUGCCCCAGUCUACAGGGUGAAAGGCGAGCAGGAGAAGUUAACCAUCGAAGAGAUGAAUGCAUACGAUAUGCAUAUGCACAUUGAGGAGCUAGCUUGCAACAAGACUGGGCAGCCAUUCACGUACAAGUAUAUCCGGGGAUUGCCAAUUGGGCUCAAGCUAUCAAACGGAUAUACUGUUGGGGGCGGUGAAGAUGAUCAACUUGCCGUAAACAAGCUCAACUACAUUGAGCGUAGAAGGUCCUUCCUUGGCCAGUUGACAACUAGCCAGAGCAAUAUGUUGUGGGAAUUCUUGGACAAACAACAGGCACUUGCUGUCCUGGCUAUUGGGUUCAGCUCCGUGCUGAUUUAUCACCUGGCUCAAAACUACCGGCGGCUGCAACAUAUCCCCGGUCCUCUUGUGGCCAAAUUGACUGACAUUCAUCGCUUUAUGCUAGUACGGUCUGGCUUUAUUCAUCUUUAUCAAGCCAGUGCUCAUGAGCGUUAUGGCACUGCCGUACGCUUUGGUCCUAAUCUAGUGUCUAUCUGUGAUCCAGAGGCCAUCCAAGACGUAUUCAACAUGAGGAAUGGAUUCAACAAGAGCAAUAUGUACCGCGCCUUCAGGCCGUGGACUCCUGCCGGCUUGCUUGUUUCGGUCUUCACUGCCAAGGACGAUGUUGUGAACCGACAGAUGAAGCAACACAUUGCGGUGUACUUUUCCCUCUCUUACACUGCUGCAUCUUUUGAACAGAGAGUUGACAACGCAAUCCGCAUGUUUUUCAAGCAGCUCGAUAGUCAGUUCGUGACAACAGAAGCAAAGAUUGACUUGACGCGCUGGUUUAAAUUCUUCUCCUAUGACGCCAUGGGCUUGAUGACCUUUUCCCGCCCAUAUGGGUGUCUUGAGAAUGGAAGCGAUGCUGCCGGUAUUAUCAGCGACGUGAAGAACUCGAUGCUAGCCAUUGGGCCCAUGACGCAAAUGCCCUGGCUUGACUGGCUGCUGCACAAGAACAGCCUGAUCAACAUGAUCAAGCCAGAGCCGGUAUCUGCCCUGCUAAAAUACGUCCUGGCGCGUAUUUCAGAGCGUCGUGAUAGUCCCAAAGCGAUGCACAGCACGGUCACUGACGGUCCCGACGCAAACGGUGACUUUCUAGGUUAUUUCUUGCAAGCUCAGGAGAAGAAAUCCAACAAAGUCCCUCCACAGUUUCUGUCAACCUGGACCUUGGCAAACAUCCUGGGUGGCUCUGACUCGACAGCUUCCAUGCUUUGCUCUGUUGUGUGUUUCCUUGUGGAAAACCCUGAUGCACUAGAGGUCAUGCGAGCAGAGGUACGUGACAAGAAACAAGAUGCCGUGGGCGAUUCUUCCCCCAUUCCAAAAUGGACUGAGAUACAAGACCUCCCCUUCCUCAACGCCUGUGUUAUUGAAUCACUUCGGCUGGAUCCUCCAUUCGCUACCACCCUGGAACGUGUAGUGCCCCCAGAGGGAGCAACGAUAUGCGGUACUUUCUAUCCCGGAGGCACUGUCGUUGGUAUGAAUCCUUAUAUCACGAAUCGUCAUCGGCCAACAUGGGGCGACGACGCAGACCAGUGGCGCCCAAGUCGCUGGCUAGAGGGUGAUCCAGCACAUAUCAGAAAGCUUCAAGCCAGUCUGCUGAGCUUUGGAGCCGGUACACGCGGUUGUUUAGGACAGCAUGUUGCAUUCUUUGAAAUCAAGAAGCUCGUGGUUGCUCUUUUUAUGAAUUACAAUUAA